UGACCAGAAAGUAGCAACAUUUUUAUAACCUCAAUAUUUUGUGCCAGGAUUAUUUUUUAGGGAUUGUAUAAAAUCCUUUUUUGGAUUAAUAAUUUCAAUUUGAAAUUCGAAAAAAUGUCGGAACUCCCAUUCGGUCCCCCAGUGCGUGUUUCUCCUCUGAUCAGAUUUGGUAGAUGGUCAUUCCUGACAGCAGGUAUCCUGUAUGGUGCCUUCCACCAAAACAGGCUAUCGAAGAAGGAAACCAAAAUCCGUGAGAUAGAAGCUAAAGAGAAGGUUAUCAGGGAUGAAAAGAUGAAGAAGGAGAAGGCUAUUGCUUCUGCUGCUGAAAUGAAAAACUUAGAAGAAAUGAUAAACAAGAAAAACUAAUCAUCCCUAGUUUAAGGAUAAAGUGAAUUCAGACGUUAAUAAUAAGAUGGCAACACAAUUCCAACUUUAUAAUUAUGUUGUAUUUAUGAAAUAUAGCUGGUAAAACA